GUGGCUUUUCUAGAGUGCCCAUAGGGCGUAUUUGCAUCCCUGCACCGCCAUUUACAAUACAACACCACCAGCAGUUUUAGGCCAACAGUUUCGGGACGUGGUUUUGUAAACAUGACAAGUGACAACGUAUUCUUAGUUUCUCCAUUCACAGAUGUGGUUUAGACUGUCGAUCUUCACUCCAUUAUCACUGUCCGUACGGUGAAACUACAGUUUUACGAAGAAACGAUUUUGAGAGUCAUUUAAUCGUUUGUCAAGAAGCACACCCUAAAAGUGAUAGCACAGUAGACCAGUAGAUGGCGGUAUGCACACUCAGACCGCCACAUGAAUCCACAGCAGAAGAAAUGCACGUAACCCUCCAUUUUCUCUUCUAGUGCUCUUCGCUCGUGCACUAGCGCCAUGGGUAGCGCACUUGAUGAUUCAAAGACAACAGAAACAAGUAUGGACCACGAACUCUACACUGUACAGAGUCCCUCUGGGGACACGAAGGAUGGCCCAGAUCAUUCAGAAUUCAUUUAUAAAAUGUCAAAUGAAGAAUUUGUUCGAUUCGUGAAGUUGCGUGUGACCAACGACGCACUUUUCACUGGAAAGAGAAAUUCUUCAACUCUGGCUUAUAGGGCCAUCUUAAAAGAGUUGGGUCUGCAGAGAGAGAUUUCUGCCAGCCAGGCAAGAAGGAAAUGGGAAAACCUUAAGAUGAAAUAUAAGGAGCUGAAGAAUCCCCCACCUGGCAUCUCGGUGAACCCCACUAACUGGCCAUGGUUCUCCCUCAUGGAUGACGCCAUGGAGGGUAGACUCGCAGGAAGCGACAUCACUGUGGACACGUCUUCUGUGGGCGAUGACAGCGAGUAUCGUCCGAACACCAGCAACCGCAGCCGAAGGAGCAAGAGAGUGCGUGAGCCAGACAGAAACGAGAUUGAGCUGUUCGUGGAAGAGGACGACAUGAUGUCAGAAGAGAUGGGGCGAGACAGGGCAGAACUUGACAGAGACAGGGAUGAGAUGGAGCACGAGAGGGCCAUCCUGGAGAGCGAUAAAGCCGCUAUCGAAUACGAGAGGAUGGUCCUGGAGAGAGAGAAGAUGGUUCUGGAUAGAGAGAGAGCAGGAGUAGAGAGAGAACUUGCAGCAUUGGACCGAGACAGGGCCUCUUUGGAGAGAGAGAAAGCUGCUGUGGAGAGAGACAGGGCUUCUGUGGAGUACAUCCGAGCACAGCUGGAAAAGGAAAGGGCAAUUCUAGACCGAGAAAGGGCAAAGCUUGAGAGAGAGCGUGCCAUCCUAGAGCAUCAGCGUGGGACAGAGAAAGGGGAGCAGAUGGCUAUUUUGAAUGACAGUGCAGAGGGAACUGACAACUCUAUUCCCUUAGUGAUGGAACCAGCUUCCCUAGAGAGGAGGCAGAAAUUCCUCAACCUGUUUGAAAAGCUCAUUGAGAACUUCUAAAACAGAUACAGCUGUUUUAAGCGGGACCUGUUAUGUACAAUAUGUAAUUAUGUUUGUACCAUUUUUGUUUGAAGUAAAAAAAAUUCUGUUGCCAGAAGUGGAUUGUGCUGUUCUACACUGAUUGACUCUUGAUUUAGUUACUGUGUGUUAGUAUCUAUCAAGGGUGUAGAUUUGGCUUGAACAUUGAGGGGUUACAGUGUGAAGAAUUUAUAUGUUUCCAUUGAUCGUGGAAUAAAUGGGGGGGGGGGGGGGUUACUUGCUUGAUUAUAUUAUUGGGUGGGUUAGCUCCCCCCCCACCCCCUCUGGAAUCUACGCCCCUGGUAUCUAUAUUUGUUUAAGAUACACAAGAUGUUAUAGACAGUAUUGCUUUUAUGCCUUUGAAGAUUUACUAACAAUGAAAACAUUAAGCCACCUCUGUUUUGGAGAGGUCAUCAGAAAACUUUAUUCAGGUGUGAUAUUUCCAUACAAAACACACAAUGCUGAGUUAUUUACCUUCCCAUCCCCCCCAAUCAUUCUCAACCCCUCCGCCAUUACAACAGUUUUGAAUUGUUCAUUUGAAGGCCAUUGAGCAUGGUCAUAACAACAGCUUGAAAUGUUAUAAGCCAACAUAUUACAGUUCUUGUAAAAAAAAAAAAAAAAACACAAAA